AUGCAUGUGAAUCCUUUCUGGAGCUGGCCAUGGUGGGCGCAGGACAGGUGUGGAUACUGGGAGUACUACCAGGGGUCAUGGCCAUCGGGACCGAACCUUCCGCGACAGCGAAAAACGUGGCAGAAGGUGACGGCGACGGUGGAGUCUUGGCCUGGCCGUGAUUACGGUUGGCUGCGGCUGGAUCGGCAGACCACGGCGAAGCUCAAGUGCUGGGAUCAUGGAGGUCGUGUUUACGUUCACAGCCAGGAUAUCGUUGGCGAAAGGCCCGGCAUUGGCUCGCGCGUUCAGUGCCAUGUCUACCGGGAUGUGAGCGGUGUGGGCGCUGAAGACGUGCACUUGGUGAUGUUGGAUGCUACAAGUUCACCCAAUGCAGGUGAAGCAGUGGAUGAGAAUGCUGUAGCUACGAGCUCGCCGAAAAACGUGAACAUCGGCGAUGACAGGCCGGCCUUCCAGGGAGAGACCCAGGAGGAGGCCGCGACGGCGGAGUCGCUGGGCGCGUGCUGUUUUGCACUGCUGCCGCUCGAGAUCGAUUUCUUCAAGUACCUUGGCGCAAGGCAAUUCAGCAGACUUCGUGUGGCUUCUUCCCGUUUGGCGAGCUACGAGGUCCUGCUAGAAAAUCUGAUUGCCGACGCGUGCAGGGAGGACGUCAUCAUCAAUAACUACAUCAUCACCUGGUCUCCAGUGACGUGUUCGGUGAGCAACCGGCGCCGCCCUUCCAAUCGGAAGGCCUUGGUCCGGGAUUUGGCGGUGGUGUCUGCAGCGCGAAGCUUGCGUUGGCUGAUCAGGGGACUUCCACAGUGGCAUUUGCACUCCACCGCAUGUCUUGCGAAAUGGCAGGCGACUCUCGCGGCUUUGUGUGGCUCUGAAGAUCCCAUGGCAGUCAAGGCUGCGCAGUGCACUGCAGGAAAGGCAGAGAGAAUGUGGACCCUCUCCACCGGAAAGCCUUAG